AAGUUUGGUAAUAACUCACAAAUUAAAUUUUUGUAUUUAUUAACGUCACUUUUCACUGCUUGAUUCAUAGAGUUACCAAAGGAAUGCAAGUUGGUAACGACUUCUCAUCGUAACUAAGCGCCCAGGGUUAAUUUGUAACAGUUUGAUUUUACAGCAGGGCUUUGUUUCCCGCUAUGGUGGUUAAUAUUGCUGGGUCAAUAAUAAAAGUAACAAAAUGCAGACUACGUGACUACACCUCUGUGACUUCCUUUCUGUUUCAGGUUGCUUGCAUCAUCAGGGAAUUUUCAGUGCUGUAAUGCUACGUUCAGGCGCACAUCUUAAAAUUGUAUGUUACAGAACGGCAACCCAUUCAUUGAAUAUUUGAUUCGAAAAAUUAAAAAAAUAAAAUAAAUAAACAUUGUAACAAAGGUAGCAGUGAGUAGAGUGAAGUUUUUUUUAUUUUCAAAAGCUAGUGGCACAUGUAGCACAAUAAUCUGGAGUAGCCAUGCAACUAUAAUUAUUGGUAUUAUGGUGUAAUCUGUUGACUAUUUUGACUGGUUUGUCCAAUGGACAGUCUGUUAAACGUCAGGGAAUGUUGAAAUAUGCCAAUAUAAAACGGAGAAAGCAGCAAAUCGUCACAUUUGAGAGGCGUGAACCAGUGAAUGCUUGGCAUUUCGCUUGACAAAUGACGAUUAAUUUAUAAUCAAAAUUGUUGUUGCUGUUAAUCAACUCACCAAUUAAUCGUUUCAGCACUAAAGUGGAGCACUAAAGUGAUUAACAUAUUUGUAAAUGUAGCUGGUGGGCCACUGAUUUGCAUCUGUGUUAGUGGCAAAUGACCUUGCCAGACUGACAAACUGGCUAACAGUUGUAUUUUUUUCCCCAGUUGCUGGACAGAACAUCCAUGCUUACUUUAUGAAAUGAAAAUACAGACUUUUCCGUUCUAUUCACCACUGCUUUACCUCAUCCACAAUUUAUAACCGCGGUUUUUUUUUUUCCGGAUUUGCACUUGAAAGCAGCAUUGCUACGACUUGGUCUUGUGAGAAAACAAGAGCUUGCAAAGAGCAGUCGGGAGGAGUCUUCCUGUUUUCACUCUCAGCUCCAACACCGUUAGUUCCCACUCGGUGCUCAGAGUAGGCUACAUGUGAUACAGCUUUUCUGUGGACGGAGUAAAAGCACCUAUCUUCAAAUCAAAAACUUCCACAUACAGGCUUUCAUCACUGAGUGUCAACAGGUCAAUUCACCCUCUUUUUUUGUCAUGAUGAAUGUGACCCAGACAAUGGAGACAGAGGAGGAUCUCCUCACUUGUCUCCACAUCAAGCUUUACCACCCUCAGCAGAGCUGUAAGGGCCUUUACGGGCUGCUUCCUCUGGGGAACCGGAGCAGACACUCGGCAGAUGACCCUCUCAGGCUGGGCCGUGACGCCCAGGCCUGCACCUUCGCCCUGGUCGACAUCCGGGUGUCCCGCAAACAGCUGGCCCUCCACGCCUACCGCACCCCCAAGAGCCCGGACAUGCUGUUCACCAUCCAGAACUUGAGCCAGAGGGGGCUACUGUCAGUGAACAGCUCAGCACUGGGCUACCUGGAAAGGAUGGACCUCCCGGACAAGGCCCUGAUCCGGUUCGGAGAGUACGAGAUGCUGAUCAUCCGAGAGUCUGGCGAGGCCAAGGGGAGCUUCGAGGUGCUGUUUGAGGUGCUGCCAGUGCCUCCGUCCAGAGAGACAUGCAUGUGUGUGCCUACCACGACACCUGUCAUGGACACAGGCUCAUGUGUGGUGAACAGUUUCCCAGCUGAACUCCGAGUACUUGGCCCCCUGGAGACUGAUGAGACUCUCAUGUGUAAUUUAUGAUGAACUAUCACUGCUCUGUUAAAUGUGACUUUUUACUUUCUGCAAUACAAAUGAUGGUUGUAGUUGUCACAUUAGAGUUCAAGCAAGCUUGGAUAAGAUCCCUCUUUGUAAUGUGAAAUCAUAGUAUUAUUUUGCACCCUAUAUCCUAUUACUCCAGAUUAAAAAGCUUAAAAAUCUUAUAUAAUGACACCUACUUUUAAAGUGUAACAGACUGAUUUCUACAUUUUCAACUUGAGCACAUUAAAUUGUUUUUUUUUGGUACCAA